AUGUCGUCGCCUCUCGGGGUAUUCAUGCUGCCUGCCUGCCUGCCUGCCUGCCUGCCUGGUCUGAUUUUCUUCCUUCUCCAGUGGAAGCUCCGAGCUGCCGCCUGGGCGUACGGCUGCGCCUUCUAUGCAGUGACAGCAGCAAGACUCUCACACGAGACGCAUCUUCAGGCGUUCUACAUCAAGGCGCUCAAGCUUGACCCCAAGGCAGUCGGAAGCGUUUGGUCUUUCUACUUUAUCUGGGUCGGAGCUUGCGAGCCGGUGUUCGGGGCUGCUAUCGACAUCCUUCAGAGCUUCAAUGUACGACCAUCCAACUUGCUCCUCCUCGUCACCCCCGCCUGGUCGCUCCUCUUCUACCGAUUGUGGACCCCCGACGAGUCGACACGGCACCUCUACCUGACUCUUUUUGCCUUCGGAGCCGUGCAGGCCUUCAUGCUCAUGCUCGUCACCACCAUCUUUCAGUCCUUCUUCCCUCCCGGUGAGAGGAGGAACGCUGCUUCCAGGCCCCGCCAGGUCCUCGCCAUCCUCGGCCUCCUCACCGGCAUGGUCCUCCCGCCCUUCCUCUCGCGCGACUGGAUUCAGACGGACACUCUGGCUUCCUCUCUCUCUAUUGCCAUCUUUGCCGCUGCGAUGCUGGGCAGCCUCGCCCUGAGCGUCUUGGAGGGGUCAGUCUCAGCUGGAGAAGUGACGAGGAGGAGCGAGAAGACGAACGUUCUCAAGGUGGCGAGCGAGAUCGCAAGCAUCUGCCUCCAUCCUACCUUCCGUUUUGUCCUUCUCUUCAGCGUCCUCAGUCAGCUCGGCAACGCGCUCUUCGCCACCAGCAUCAACAUGUACAUGCUCUACGUCGCCAGCAUGGGCUCGCCCAUCUCUCCUGCCCUGUGCGGCGUCUCCUUCCUGCAGCCCGUGAGCUUCUUCGACGGUUGUCUCUUGCCUUCCCUUUCCGUCCGUUGGCAGCGUACGCUGGUCCCCGUCUGCUUCUACGUCGCUUGUCUCGCAGCAGGAGGAAAGCUCAUGCAGGCGGCUCGCGACAUCGGAGCAGAGAAGACGCUUGCCCGAGAGUUUCGCAUCUACGGCUCAGCCCUGGCGCUCACGCCCGUCACAUCAUCCGCUUGGCUCCACAUGCACGGGGGGAACGGCUUCUUUGUCCUUCUCCUCUGCAUGUUGGUGGUGGGUUCUGCUGGGGCUGGACUGAGCCUCCUCCCUGACCUUGUCAUUGCCGCCGCGGUGGAUGAGGACGCCAAGGCUAAGGGCAGGAAUCGAUCCGGUGCCUUUUACGGGGCCAAGCAGUUCCAGCCCAACGAGACUCAGCAGCCUCCCCAGCUGGUGGCUGGACUGACGGCCAUGUGCUGGUUCGUCCCUGCCGUCUUAUACCACAUGGCAGCCGGGGUGACCUCAUACUACUUGAGUCUAGUGGAGCACAAGGAGAAGAAAGCUUGA